CAGAUCUAUCAAGUAUCCCAGAAAGCAAUGGCAGGAACAAACAAGGUCGUGCUCUGCUCCUGCCUCUUGAUGCUGAUGGCCUUGUCAUCAGGUUCAGCAAGAGAGCUGUCGCCACUGCUGGAGGGAGACGUGGACCCCGGAGACACCAAGUCGCAGUGGAAAUGCUUCCGGCUGUGGGACAACUACUGCGUGAAGAACAAGAGAUGCGUCGACGAGUGCCUGGGCGUCGAGGGGAAGGGCUACACCCACGGACACUGCGAGCUGUGGACGUGCGUCUGUUGCAAGAAGAAUGGCGAGGAUGAAAUACUAGCUCCUGGCGGGCAGCUGGGCGGCCCUGAGCAGCGAGCAGAAUCACCCAUCAGUGUCAAACAAACGAAGCGUUAGGGGGGAGGCGGGGAGCUCAAAAGGUUUCCACAUUUCGCUGUAUUGUUGUGCGUUUGCGCUUGGCUAAACUUUUUGAGGCUACAGAUCGAUUGAGAGAAUAAGACGUCAUAAGUACGCAGUUUUUG